AUGAAAUUUGGAAAGUACUUAAAGAAUAAUAGAGAAGAAGAAUGGCAAGAACAUUAUUUAGAUUAUAAAGAGAUGAAGAAGCUUUUGUUAGAGUUGUGUGACGAUAAAGCUCUUCAAGCUCGUGGACUCCAUAGAUCCGAUAGAGGUACAGUCUUUCUUCGUUCACUGUGGCAAGAAUUUCAAAAGAUUGAAAAGUUUAUGUCUGAUAGAGAGAAAUCUAUUGGUAACAAAGUAAAGUUAUUAGGAAAUUCACCAGAUGCAGCACAAAUCAUGAAUACUUGUAAAGAGGUAGAAGGAUCAUUGGCAUUCAUUCAAUUAAACCAAGAUGGAAUGAGAAAGAUCUUAAAAAAGUAUGACAAGAAGGCGACGGCUACCAUUGGCUUUGAAUAUUAUCGGAAUAUGACAGCUCCACAUUUUCAAGGCAAAACAGCAUUAAUGACUCAUUACAAGGUUACUUUAUUGAAUUAUUAUUCAUCACAAUUUGGUGAUCCAAAUGAUAUUAGUAAUCAAAGUGAUCAAUCUGAAUCUGUAUUUUCAUUAGCACUCGAGGAACAAUAA